AUGGAAGUUUUAACAAUCGAAAACUGUCUUUUAAAAAAUGACAGGGUAGAUAUUAAACUAGCUGAAGGUGGUAUAGCUAUAAAACACCAAUCAGGUGAAAUUCUUACAAUUGAAAAAUCUAAUAUACGAGAUAUAGAAAUGUUUAGAGGAUCAUUGGGUGUGAACUUAAGAAUUUAUGAGAACAUUCCAUACUUUAUCAAUGGUAUUCCCGAUAACUUCAUUGAUUCAAUUAUUAAGAUUUGUAACGAUGCGUACAAAAUUAAUUUGUAUAUGCGAGAACUCGAAAUCACUAACGUAGGACGAGGAGACUUAACAGUGAACGGUAAAGGAUUUAUAGAGUUUUCUAAUGAAAAAACGAUUUUUGAAAUUCCUAUAAAAGAUAUUGACUGUAUUGCUGAUAUUAGAAAUGAAUUGUCAGUUAAAUUGGAUAAUGUAGAAAUAAGAUUUGUAACUACAAAGGAAACUAUUAAUGAAAUUAAAGAUGCUUGUAAUAGUAAUAUUGAAGAUGAUCUUGUCACUUUUGAAGCAAUUACUAUGGUCUAUCCAAGGGGUAAAAAUAACUUUAUGUUGUAUAAAGACUAUUUUAGGAUAAUUGGAUACAGCUAUGAUCAUAAAAUAUACUAUAAAAAUGUAAAGGAUAUAUUUUUUUUAGAAAAAAAUUAUAUCUCUGAUCAAGACAAGUACAUAGCGCUGUCCCUUGAAACACCCAUAAGACAAGGUCUUACAAAAUAUUAUUUGAUAGUUUUAUCUUUUGGAAAUGAAGAAGUAGAUGUAGACAUAAAUGAUUCGAGACUUGAAAAGCGUUAUAACGGGUUGUUAAGUGAUGUUUUUAUUGAUAUUUUUGAACAUCUUGUCGAGGUAGAUGCAAUCACUUCUAAGUUUAUAACAUCGGAUAAACGUAGAGGAUUAAAAUGUACUUAUAAAGCGUAUGAAGGGCAGAUUUAUCCUCUGGAUGGCUGUCUUAUAUUUUUACCUAGAUCUAUAAAAAUCAAUAUAAAAGAUAUUUUUAGUGUAGAAUUUAGUAGAAUUAAUGUUAGUUCUUUACAGGCUAAAACAUUUGAUAUGACUAUUAGUGCUGAAACAAAUUAUACUUUUAAUGGGUUGUAUAAAGAAGAUUUUGGUAUUCUUGAAAAAUAUUUUAAUGAGAAUAAUGUAACAAUAAGAAGUGAAGUGUUUGAUGAGGUGAUAAGUUCUGAAGAAAGUGAGGGAUAUGCAAGUGAUGAUGAUUUUAUAGCUUCUGAUGAAGAAUAUUAA